GAGGGAGGGGUGGCCAUAUUUUGGCUUUAGAGUGUCACGAACGAUCAGUCAAGCUGCGGCCACACACCGAGAAGCUAACAGAACAGUCGGCCGAGGCUGGGAAUAAGUGGGCUGCACGUGCACACCGUGAAGUCUCACUCCUUGUGGAAUUUCACACGCCACCAGCACUUCGGACAAUUUUCGUGCGCUCGAUAGACUUCGGUAAUUUGUUGUUUGGCUGACAAAAAUAAACAACUCGGUGUCACGACUAAGUAGCCGCUUUCGCAACGGUGUCUGAGCAGAUCGGUCCGCGGGUUUGCAUCUUUUGUCUUUUUAUUCGGAUGUUGUAUCCAUGCAGCUUUGAACCGGAAUGCCCGCUUGAACUGCCACUGUAGAUUAGCUGUCCAUCACGGUGUCAUCGAACCCUCACCCCUCCUCCCUGGACGAAACACAGGGCCUGCAAACAUGGAAGCAAUAUGGCUCUAUCAGUUCCGCCUCAUUGUGAUUGGCGACUCAACGGUGGGGAAAUCGUGUUUGAUUCGCCGCUUCACCGAGGGACGCUUUGCUCAGGUGUCUGACCCGACGGUGGGGGUUGACUUCUUCUCGCGGCUGGUGGAGAUCGAACCGGGCAAACGCAUCAAGCUACAGAUCUGGGACACGGCGGGCCAAGAGCGCUUUAGGUCCAUUACUAGAGCUUAUUAUCGCAACUCAGUGGGCGGCCUUCUCCUGUUUGACAUCACUAACCGACGCUCCUUCCAGAAUGUGCAUGAAUGGUUGGAAGAGGCCCGCAGUCAUGUGCAGCCACACCAGAUAGUUUUCGUGUUGGUAGGACACAAAUGUGAUCUGGACGGCCAACGGCAGGUGAGCCGACAGGAGGCGGAGAAGCUGGCGGGAGCUUAUGGCAUGAAGUAUGUGGAGACAUCAGCCCGAGAUGCCAUCAACGUGGAGAAAGCUUUCACUGAUUUGACGCGUGACAUUUUUGAGCUCGUCAAGCAUGGAGACAUCACCAUCCAAGAGGGCUGGGAGGGCGUCAAAAGCGGCUUUGUACCAAAUGUGGUGCACUCCUCUGAGGAGGUCACAAAAAGUGACCGCCGCUGCCUCUGCUAAUCUAUUAGCCACAGGGCCCCUCACCGGACCCCUGCCAGGUCUACAGUAAGCAGAGAAUCAAUGGUCUUGUCAUCCAGAAAGCAACGUUUUUCUCUGUGUGUGCUCUUCCUUUUACUUUGCUAGCAAUGCAUACCGUGUCCUUUCCUCGGCAGCUUGGGACUCAGAAGUGUUCUGGGUCUCCAAGGAUCUCUGUUUCUUUAACAAAUACAGAAGUGUAACUUGUGCACAGAAGUUCCAGAUGACUUGAACAAUGGUGAUUGAUGAGUAGCCUAACAACUAACAAAGAAAAGCUGCUUUGAAUCACUGGGCGCCAUAGCAGGAUGUUGGGCGAGGGUCUGGGGUUUCAAAUGUGUUCUGUAAUGAGCAGUAAAUCUCAGGGUCCGGAAAGUUUCGGAAAUACCAAGAAAUGUCUCUGCAUCACAUAUGGCAAGAUGAGCAACAUCUGACCCCACUUAUUUGUGUUAUUUUAACGGAAUGUUUUAAAAUAGGCUUAUAUUUUAUUUUUGAAAGGUGGUGGUUAGCGCAGGUCAAUCUGAAUUGGCAGGAGGGAGAGGCUUAGACCAGAGGUUCAUUUUUGUUUUUUGACAAGCCUCCCGAGUUUUCUGACUGCAGUAGAAAUGGCUGAAAUGGUCACUUUCUGUGUUUUUCUUUUUUUUUUUUUUUGGAGUGCUCACCAGCCACCGACGUGUAGGAUCUUUGUCUGCGUUCACAAAUAGCGAGACAGUGGCAUGUCCUAUUAAGAGUGGGGACCAUCUGCCGUACCCACGCCCUCUCCUAAAUAACUGUUAUGGAAAGCUGGCUCAAAUUCUAGCAGUAAUCAACUUAAGAAAGGUGCUAAGGUCUUUAACUUUCAGUUGGAAUUGCGCUAUUAAUAGACCAAGAGAGAAGCUACCAUCUUCAUUUUGUAAUCAUCAGCCUGAACAACAAAGUGUUUUAAUAAUCCGGAAGCUCUAAAUCCAAUCUUCCUGAUUUGGGGCGUCCCUUAGUAAGAAAAAAGUGUCCACAUCUGCCGGCUUACUUUUGAUUUUUCUUAAGGCGCACAUCAUGAUGCAGAUGAAGAUGACGGCAUUGCGGUUCCAGCUCGGUGACCAGCGACUCCAGUUUGCCUCGAUGAACUGUGAACAAGCAGAUGUCCUUCCUUUGCCUGGCCUCUCCCACAACAGACUCUUUAAUUCUCAGCACCCAAUCUGGGGGUGGCAGCUACCACCCAUGUCCAUUUCCCCAGCAGCUUAAAUGUCUGGUGCACAAUUCCAAGAAUUGUUUCUUCUGCAAUGAAAAGCUGAGUUUUUGCUCCAUAUUGGUUUGAUGUGAAGGACUGAUCUCUCUCAGGGCUUCUCCUACAGCAGGACCGCAGCUGUCAGAGGCUCCUUUGAGGUCAUGGGUGGGUAACCAUGAAUGGUGCUUUACCAUCACCAGCAGGUGGAUGGGCCGAGCUGUGAAGAUUCACCAGCGCACCCUCUCCUUCUUAACCCUGGACUGUUGAGGAGGGGAGAAUAUCUGGCAGCAUUUCUUUAAAUCUGAGCCUUUCCAAGCGGAAACCCAACCCCAGCUUUCUGUACUUUUUUAACCACUGCAGCUCCUUUCUCAAUGUUUUGACGUUAGAAAUGGAAGAUUUUAUUUUUUUUUUUAUUAGUAUUAUUUUCAUUUUCGUGGGCUGUUAAUCCUUUUGCCAUCAAACAAUGCUGAAAUGUGAAUUUCUCCCGGCUUGCUGUGUCCAAUAACGUGUAAGUGGAUACCUGCCUGUAAUUUUAGCCAGAGAUCUGUCAUGUGCUAAAAAAACGAAACAAAACCCGAAUAAAAUUGUAGUUGCUAUUCUCCUGCUUUCAUCCCUCAAAGGAUGCAGAGUGCGAACAUUUUAGUUUUGCAGUUUGUGCACCGACUCGAGGCCUUUGGACUUGUGUGGCUCCCUGCGGCGGAAAGCUUGAAGAAUUGCAGUCUGGGUUUGAAGGGAGGGGUGGAGGUGGGGAGGCUGUCAAUAAAAGCCCCGGAGAGUGGGGGGUCUUUGGCUAAUCGAUGAGGAGGCAGCGGGCAUCAUUUUAUAAUGGAAAUGUUAACCUGGGCUGACCAAAUUCUAAUUAAGGCUUACUAGAAUUUCUUAACUAAAUAUUUAAAUGAAAGUAGCUGUUGAAGUAAACAUUAAAUCAUUUUGAAUGUGA